AUGCUCUUGAUUUUGAUGUUAUUCUCAAAGCAAUGUACUGGUGAGGCUACUGCUCUAGGUGCGUGUGUGUCCGCCACCCCAGGUGCUACUGAGUCCACUGAGGCACUGCACACCUUCACUCUAGACUCAGGCGCUUCGCGCUGUUUCUUUCGUGACCGCACUGCUCUUGAGCCUCUUGCUCGACCAGUCGCUGUCUCGCUCGCUGACCCCUCUGGGGGUCCGGUCAUUGCGACCUCCUCCACCCUCCUUCCUUGUCCUGCUGUCCCGUCGGGCACACUGUCAGGUCUCCACCUCCCCUCGUUCUCUACGAACUUGGUGGCGGGUUGUGCGCUUCAGGAUGGGGGUGUUCACCAGUUCACCCCUGCCUACGAGCGUGUGACACACUGCACGUGUGCUCGGACGGGCCGUCACCUGGCUACCUUCACUCGGCAGCCGGGGUUGGACCUGUACACACUGACCACUGAGUCCCCUCAGGUAGCGGCGUCUGCGUAUGCGUCUGCGUUAGGUCAGCUCUCUGCCCCCUGCUCGUGUCGCUCUCUAGCGCACAAGACUGUCCUCUGGCACCACCGACUUGGUCACCCGUCAGUGCAGCGCCUUCGGGGCAUGCACGCCCGGUACCUUGUCUCUGGUCUUCCUCGGGUACUCCCUCCCCUCCCACCCUCCCUUGCUCCUCCUUGUCUUCCCUGUGUCGAGGGGCGGCAGCGCGCUGCCCCUCACUCCUCCUCGUUCCCCCCGACGACUGCUCCUUUGCAGACGCUCCACAUGGACGUGUGGGGCCCAGCCCGCGUCCGUGGUCAGGGCCAGGAGAGGUACUUCUUGAUCGUCGUUGACGACUACUCGCGCUACACCACGGUCUUCCCCUUGCGCACCAAGGGUGAAGUCCCUGAUGUUCUGAUCCCUUGGAUCAGCAGAGCACGUCUUCAGCUGCGAGAGCGUUUUCGCUCGGAGUUUCCUGUUCUGCGCUUGCACUCUGACAGAGGUGGCGAGUUCUCCUCCGACCUCUUGGCAGCCUACUGUGCCGAGCAUGGCAUUCGCCAGUCGUUCACGCUCCCGGCCUCUCCACAGCAGAAUGGGGUUGCUGAGCGCCGCAUUGGCUUGGUCAUGGAGGUCGCUCGUACCUCCUUAGUCCACGCGGCUGCCCCCCACUUUCUGUGGCCGUUUGCGGUCCGGUACGCUGCGCAUCAGCUCAACCUCUGGCCCCGUGUCUCCGCUCCGGAGACCUCGCCCACACUGCUGUGGACGGGGGAGGUUGGCGAUGCGUCACGCUUCCGUGUCUGGGGAUCCCGAGCUUUUGUUCGCGAUUCGUCUGCGGACAAGCUCUCCUCCCGCACUGCUCCCUGUAUCUUUCUUGGCUUUGUCCCGGAUGCGUCUGGCUGGCAGUUUUACCACCCCGCCUCGCACCGAGUCUUCCCCUCUCAGGACGUCACUUUUGACGAGUCCGUGCCCUUCUACCGCCUCUUCCCCUACCGCACUGCCCCGCUCCCUCCCCCGCCUCUCUUCCUCGCGCCAGUUGCUGCAGUGGUAGACCCCCUUCCCCCUCAGGGUGCCGCUCCCUCAGGUGUCUCUCAGGUAGACCCGGUUGAGCCUGCCGAGGUAGCUGUCGACUCGCGUCCUGCUGGAGGUGCUGAGCCAGAGCGUGCGGAGCCUGAGCGGGCGGAGCCUGGGGGUUCUGAGUCUAGGGGUGCUGAUCCUGGGGGUGCUGAGCCUGGGGGUGCUGGGUUUGGGGGUACUGAGCCUGGCGUUGCUGAGUCUAGGGGUACUGCGCCUGGAGUUGCUGAGCCUGGGGGUGCUGAGCCUGGUGGUGUUGCAGUUGACUGUGAGGCGCCUGGAGGACCUCCCUCUUCGCAGCAGCUGUGUGAGUGGUACUCACGGUACUGCAGCCUCCGGCGAGGUGAGUCUCGGGCUCGUGGUACUGCUGGAGUUGGUACUCGUGCUUCCCCACCACGGCGGGAGCCGCCCUCUUCCCCUCAGCUUCGAGAGUGGUACGCUCGGCACAUCAGUCUCCGUAGUGGAGCUGCUGGUGCUGGGGUCCCCGGAGUUGACGCUGCUGCGAGUACUACGGACCCUGGUGCUGGAGGUGCUGCUGCUGCUGGCGGUGCUGCUGGAGGUGCUGCUGCUGCUGGCGGUGCUGCUGGAGGUGCUGCUAGUACUGAGGACCCGGGCGUUGGAGCUGCUGUGGGUGCUACGGACCCUGGUGCUGGAGGUCCAGCUGCUGCUGGCGGUGCUGCUGGAGGUACUGCUGCUGCUGGCGGUGCUGCUGGAGGUGCUGCGGACCCUGGUGCUGGAGGUGCUGCUGCUUCUGGAGGUGCUGCUGCUGCCGCUGGUGUCUCUGCUGGUUCGAGAGCUGCUGCACGGCCACGACCGUACUUCGUUCCGCUCCUUCAGCAGGUUCUUGGUCAGCCUCCUCCUCCUUGUUCUCCUCUCGCCUUAGAGUGUUCGCCGUCUGUCCAGUCACAGCCACAGUUACCGCCUGCCUCCCCACUCCCUGUGCCUGCUCCUUACACUGGUCCAACUGACGGUCUUGCUGAGAGACGUGAGCCUGCGUCACGUCCUGUGUCACCUGCGUCUCGUCGAGCGUCGCCUGUUCGAGCUGCUACCACUGGUAGUCGUGUCCCGCGUGAGCGUCCUCCUGCUGUCCCAGGCACGCACCGGAUGGCGCUUCGUCAGUCCACUGCUCCGCAGCGUGUUGCUCUCCCGUCGCCUCCUGCGUCCUCUCUUCCUGCUCUUGCUGACCCGGAGUCAGACUCCCUUCGCGCUGCCAGUCCUACUGUCACACGUCUCCUGGCUACGGUUGUCACUGACCCUUCCUUUGAGUCCGCUGCUGCGUCUGCCCUAGUCACUGAGCUUGUCGACUUUGCAGCUGCGUGUCGUCUAGACUACGCAGCGAGUCUUGUUGCUGAGUCUGAGUCUGCCUGUCCUCCGUCCGUCGGGGGUGAGUGUGCUCUUGGCACGGACGUCCUUGAGGACAGGCAGGAGGAGUUUGGUUGCCUUGUUUUGCCUUGA